UUGAAGGCGGCAGCAACGACGUUUCUUCUCCCAAACUUACUGAAGUUUUCCCAAACUGUGGAUUUCUUUUUCCGUCAGUUUUUUUUGUAAAAACGUCAAAUUAACCACUUUGGAUUAACACUUUUCAAACGGAAUAACUCGUUUUCUCGUUAAAAAGAACACUCCUACAUAUCCUGUAUCUUCUUUGAUGUGUCUCCACAGUGGCGGACAGCAGCUCGUGCCCCCAUGCUCUGCCUCGUGAGCACUGCUUGGCCUGCUGAGCCCAUAGGUGCUGGUGCUGGUGUGUCUGUACUGGGCUGCAGCUGAAGCAGGGAUACAGUGACUGGUGUUGGUGCCUGUGGUGGUGGAGGAGGGUCGUCAGAGGGCCCAGAGCCCUGGUUGCAGGCGGAGGGGCCUGUCCUGUUUCAGCCACACGAAGAUGAACAAACUGAACUUCCACAACAACAAAACCAUGCAGGACCGCCGCUGUGUCUGUGUCUUUUUGCCCAAUGAUGACACUCUUAAUGUCAUAGUAAAUGUGAAAACCUUGUGCCAGGAACUGUUGGUGCAGGUGUGUGACCUCCUGAGACUGAAGGACUGUCACCUGUUUGGACUCAGCGUUAUUCAGAAUAAUGAACACAUCUAUAUGGAGCUGGAUCAGAAGCUCUCCAAAUACUGCCCGAAAGAAUGGAAGAGAGAAGCCAGCAAGGGCAUCGAUCAGUUUGGGCCUCCGAUGAUCAUUCACUUCAGAGCUCAGUAUUACGUUGAGAAUGGGAGAUUGAUCAGUGACCGGGCAGCCAGGUACUACUACUACUGGCACUUGAGGAAACAGGUGCUGCUCUCACAGUGUAUCCAAAGGGAGGAGGCCUACUUCCUCCUGGCAGCCUUCGCUCUGCAGGCUGACCUCGGCAACUUCAAACGCAACAAGCACUUUGGGAAGUACUUUGAACCUGAAGCCUACUUCCCCCCAUGGGUGAUAGCCAAGCGUGGCCGUGAGUACAUCCUGAGGCAUAUCCCGAACAUGCACAAAGACCAGUUUGCUCUCACGGCUUCUGAGGCGCACCUCAAAUACAUUAAGGAGUGUGCCCAGCUCGAUGACGUCACAGUCCACUACUACAGACUCUACAAGGACAAGAAGGAAGUGGAGGCAUCUCUUACAUUGGGACUGACUUUACGUGGUAUCCAAAUAUUUCAGAAUGUGGGGUCCGUGAGGCAGCUUUUAUACGACUUCCCCUGGACCAACGUGGGAAAACUGGUAUUUGUGGGGAAGAAGUUUGAGAUCCUUCCUGACGGUCUGCCCUCGGCCCGUAAACUCAUCUACUACACAGGUUGUCCCUUACGCUCUCGUCACCUCCUGCAGCUGCUCAGCAACAGCCACCGGCUCUACAUGAACCUGCAGCCAGUUCUCAAACAAGUCAGACGGUUGGAGGAAAACGAAGAGAAGAAGCAGUACAGGGAGUCGUACAUCAGUGACGCUCUCGAACUGGACAUGGACCACCUGGACAAACGUUCCCGGGCCAGCGGCAGCAGCGCGGGGAGCAUGUCUCAUCACAAACGCUUGUCCCGCCACUCCACGACCAGCCACGGCAGUUCACACACCUCCGGCAUCGAGACGGACAGCUUCAGGGCCCCGGGUCAGGCCCCGCACAGGCCCCUACGAACCUGCAGCUCGUCCACAACCAGUCACGGGAGCUCGCACACCUCUGGCAUCGAGAGCAGCGGCAAGGAGCGCAUACUCGAUGAUGACGAAAUUGAGAUGCUGGUGGACGACCCUAAAGACUACGAGGAGCUUCAUGAGAUGGCUCUGGACCAGGAGCUUUGUAUCCACAUCACUGAGGACAUGUUGACCAUGUCGCCUGAUCAAACCAACGGAUACUCAGGACUGAUAGUAAAAGACGUCAGCUCCUCCACCUCCAGCUCCUCUGAAACUGUCGUCAAGAUGAGAGGACAGAGCAUCGAGUCUCUGCCGCAGACGUCUGCGUGCAGGAAGCCUCAAUCUUCGACCGACCGACACAGCCAGUCUCUGGACGACGUCCGGCUCUACCAGAAAGACUGCCUGCAGUGGGCGGAGCUCUGCCAGGACACCGCCCACAGCUACACGUUUGGCUGCGCGCAGGAGUUGAGCGACGGCGGCGGCUAUCAGAGCCUCGCCGAUCAGCGCGCCGGCAUGCUCGGCGAGCAACACCCGUUUCCCAUCAAGAGAACCAACAAAUACUUCUCCCUGGACCUGACCAGCGACGAGGUCCCCGAGUUCGUGGUGUGACUGAGGCGGACAGAGGCGACCUCAGGGUGACCUUUUCGCUCCGAUGUGGAGAUGUUUCAGCCCUCAGGGAACGAGGCGAGAGAGGAGUGUUGGAGAGGGGGUUUCUAGGGUGAAAACUGGCAACAUGUUGGCGGUCCCACUUCAGACGAAUAACACAAAAUAAACAAACAUGCAGGCUGAAAAGGGAACUUCAAGAACAGACACUGGGUUCAAGAGAAAUCCUUCAAACGUAACCCGAGCUGCUCCCACGUAUGAAAGGAAACAAAAGGGAUCGUGUCAUCUUCUUUAAAAAAAACAUUUUUAUUCAAAUCUGUCUCCUCCAAUCUGGUUUCAAUAACCGCACGUUGUGCUUGCCUGCUUUAUAAAGUCGUAAACAGACUGCGUGUGCGUGCGUGUAGGCUUACAGCAGACAGAGACUCGUGCACAGACAUGAAGAGCAUAUCAAAGAUUUUCUCUGGAGGACACAAAGGACAAAAUCUCUCUGAGCUACGAACCAAAGACAAGAAAAGGAAACUUUUUCUCGCUGUGUGCAGCCAUGAUGAAAACAUUUAGUGGGAGGGAAGAAGAACCAAAAUCCUCAGAGAGGAAGCAGCCUUGGUUUCGUCUUCGGUGUGCCAACUCCCCCGCCCCUCUCGGACUGGACUCUUAAUCAUGUGAACACACACCCGACGUGCCUUCAUCACACUAUGCAGGUGUCAAACCCUCGCCUUGACAAUCACGCACCCUCGCCGUGGAUUUUAACGAUCCAAGCCAUCAGAAUUCAAAACUAAUUUUUUUAACGCUCACACUCUAAGACAGUUUUCAGCGUCUUAAAUGUCAAAAAGACUCAAACUGUUUCAUGUCCUGUGCACUCUGACUGAGUUUCCAGGGAGGAAUGAGGUCGAGUCGGUUCCUACAUGUCCUGACUUGCGUCGACUUUGCGGCCACAAAAGCUUCCCUGUAAUCUAGACUCAAAAUGGAGCCCGAAUGGCUGUCGGCCAAAACAAACCGUACAUUUUGAUGCAAACAUGUACGUCGUCCUUUCUGCUCGGUUGUCUUUUACUCGUGAUGUCUUCUGUUUCAUUUCAUCCAUCGUUUUAAACUGGAAUUGUCACUUUUUUUUUUCCAUCCUCUCGUUUUACCUGAACUCUCUUUACAUGUUGCGUUUUUGGAUGAACUGUCCAGACUUGUGUAUGUCGAACAGUUAUUCUGAUGUCAUUCAGUAUUACAAGCAAAUGUAUGCGACAGUAUUAAGGACGUGCGGUGUUGGCGCUGAACAAGAAAGACUGGUUUUAUCAUUUUUAAUCUCACAGUAAGAUUCAAGAGAAGCUGAGAGGAUGUCACAAGCUCUCAUUUCUCAAAACACAAUAAACAACUUGUUCGUAUUCAUAAAUCAUGCAGCUCAGACUCAAAGUGCCACAGUCACAGUGUCUGAUGUCUGAUGUCAUUCAAUAAUGCUUUUUUAAGAUACAACCAUGUUUUUAGCUUUUCUGUCGUGAAAAUACGACUCUUGUACUCGUUUGACGUUUCAUCGUGACCACAAAGUUACAGUUUGAUUUAAAAAUUAAGAUUAUUUAGUUCUACGAACAACUUUCCAAGUGGUUGUAAAGAUGCUUUAAGUUGAAAAACACUGAUAGAAAAGGACCGGAGUCAGCUGUUUGUUAAAGGAAUAGUUCCUCAUAUAGGGAAAUACGUUUAUCACUCUUUCUUGCUUAGAUGAGAAGCUCGAAACCUCACGCAUGUCGGUACACAAAAUAUGAAGUCACCGCGAGAAAACAAUUUGCAGAUUAAUAAAGCGGAGUCGUACGGGGGUCUGAUUUUCAGAACCCGACCCGCAGCAUGCAGUACCACACCUGUCCCUCCGGCACGUUUAAAGUGACCGUUUUGGGACAUUUCAUGCAUAUAAAACAAAAAUAAGAUAUUUAAAACUUUAAUGAAUAUUUUCUGCUCAUCUCAUAAUGUUGAGUCAGUAAGUAACACCUGAUUUAAGCUGCUCUCAUACUCCAGCUUGUGCAGAACACAGAGCCAGCACACAAAGUGAGCAGUCAGGGGAUUAAAACAUUAGUACAAUUACUGUUAUUGUUAUUUUAUUUUUUUAACUUUAAACAACAACAGCAAAAAGACAAAAGCGUAUGCACACAACCAAAAAAAUCCCACCCCAAAUUAACACUCGACACCGCAAUAAAUACAUUUUCAAUUAAGAGAAAGUGAGAAAACAGAUAUGAAAUAAAUACAUUCAUCGUUUUAGUUUAAUCUAAUUAUCGACCUGCAAUCCAGUCUGUGUGUCCUUUUUCUGUUGCCCAGAACCAAACCGCGACAUAAAAAAUGAAGGCGUCGACCCGAUGCAGGACUCUGGCACAAAUGUUUUUUGUUCAAACUGUGCCGUUACUUGAGCUUUUGAAGUGUUCGGAUUUUGUCACAUUUGGACAGUCAGGCUCGCUUUUUCUCCCUGUUUCCAGUGUUUAUGCUAAGCUAAGCUAACCAUGAGGUAGCUUCAUAUUUUCAAGACAUGAGAAGGAUAUCAAUCUUCUCAUCUAGUUUUCUGCAAGAAAGCGCCUAAUGUCAGACUUUUUGCAAGUGUUUACUUUGCUCCGUGUCAUCUGCAGACGCAGCGUCAUGAUUUUAACAUUUAAAAGUAUUUUGGUCGCCUGACACUAUGAACUGAGAGAAGAUUUGUUUUACCAAUUUGUCUGUCAGCAAAAACAAACAAGUCACGUAAUUUAACGUUUAGUCGCACUCCAGCUACUUUUUAUUUACUCACCAAAUGUAACUAAGACAAGCUGCGUGAUGUGAAACUUUAGAUCUCUGUUGUUUUUUUCGUCCCAGUUCAUGUCUAUUCAAACCCACAGUUUUAACAAGCUGACAAUACAGCAUCCGAACAAGACUUUAAAACAAACAUUUAUGUAACACAUUACAAAUACAUGAGUUUGAUACUGCUAUGUAAUUAAAAACAACUUCUAUAUUUCUUACAGUUUUAUUUCUUUCGCUGUUUUAAACUUAUAAUUAUUUCUACUCAUUAAUGGAAAAUGUCAUAUUUUGAUGGACAAUGAUGUUUCUUAUAUACAAACAGUAUGUGUUAAGGUACAUAGCCAUACAGUCAUAACCCAUGUCCUUAAAGUCCUCAUAACAUGUUCUAACUUCAUUUUCUGACUUCAUUAUAUGGUCAUACUUACACUGAGUAAGAGUCUGUAUGUCUGCGUCCAUAAUCCUUUCUGUGAAAGGAUCUCCCUUCAGGAAAAAAUGAAAGAUUUUUUUUGUCACCCUGUAGUUUAAAAAAAAUGAUUUGUUAUUAUGAAGUCUGGUCCGUGCCUUCUUGGUACUAAUGCCCUCAAUAUUCAAUAAAAAGGUACAUUUAUUUGCCAAA